AUGUGUGAAGGUGGUGGAGGGAUGAUGGAGAUGUUCUUCAGUAGUGGCCACGUUCUUCAACCAUCUCAAAACCCUUCCAAUCUACUCCUUCUUUCUGGCCCUCCUUCUUCUGGGAAGACUUCUCUGCUUUUCCAAUUUGCAUUCAAUGUAGCACUCCACUCCCAUAAGGUCAUCUUCAUUUCCAAUCGCCAAAGAUUCGAUUCCAAACCCCCUUUUCUUUCUCAGGGUAUUGAUCCAUCCUCUCAAGUCUUCCACCGUAUACAAAUGAAGUACGUGAAUGAUGAUGAAGACAUCAGGAAGUACUUUGCUGCCUUCCACCUGUAUGAUACAUUGCCUGCAGCCGUUCUUAUUGAUGAUUUUGGUGAUUUCUUUGACAACAAGAUCUGCCAACAACGAUAUUGUAAUCCCCGUGGACGAGACAUGGCCAUGGUCAAGACUCUAGCCGUAUGCCACAAUGCAAUUACUUUUGCAAAUCAAAAAGGGUCUUGCAAGCUUCUCUUGUCUGAUACACAUACUCACCAGAGAGACGCCCCAAGGUUUCACUUCAUCUAUAAGAAAUGGAUACAAACCACUUUUACCAUUAAAGAAGGGGAUGUGUCUGGAUCAUUUAUUCUGAAAGAUAGGAGUCAUUCACCAACUGAUGAUCACACAGCUACGAUCAAAGCUGCAAAGUACUCCAUAGCUCUUCAAUGUCUGGUUUUAGAAGGAAUUGUUGAAGAUCAAGUCUAA